AUCGCAGCGGCGGUUGUUGACAUUCCGCGGUGGGAAGGGCAGAUUGUUGCAGCUGCAGGAGCUGCUGACUUCACUGAGCUCGGAUCCACGCUGUGGAUUAAAGUAUUUUGCGGUAACCUCAGUUGUUUUUUGGUGGUAGCGUGCAGCUGCGCGUGUGGAUGGGGGGAAACGGCCCGAGUCACUUCUCUCAUGAGGAUGGAGAAGGCGGAGGAGUCACUUUUGUGAAGGGCAUUAGGCUCUCAGACAAAGUCAUCAAUCGGAUGAGGGAGUCUUCAAAGGUCACCUGUCCUCAUUUCUCACAGAAUGAAAGUCCUCCUCCACCCUCGCCUGAAACACAGACCCCCAUCCCAGUUCCCGCGCCGUCUGUCGAACACCUGCUACCUCUGCUGGUGCCUCCACCUCCUCUGGAAGUCCCAUCCUCACUCCCACCAGCGGAACCUCUUCCUGUGAAGCUCGCCCCUCCUCCUCCUGUGACGUUUCACUCUCUCCCUCCUCCUUCUUUCAAGCUUGCACCCCCUCCUCCUCCAACUGCAGAGCCACAAACUACACCUGUAAUCGACCCUCCCCCACCUCCUCAGGAAGCCCCAUCCACACCGGAGGCUCUUCCACCUGUAGAGUUUCACUCCCUUCCUCCAGCCUCCGUGGAGCCUGCAGCCUCACCGGAAACUCCACCUCUAGUCGACGCUGUUGUCUCAGCCCCCACUCCCCCUCCAUCUACACCUGUGUCAGUGGAGGCUCCUCCACCUGUAGAGUUUCACUCUCUCCCUGUUUCCCCUGUGGAGCCUACACCCCCACCUCCACCUGCAGGGCCAAAAACAAUACCUGUAAUGGACCCUCCCCCACCUCCUCAGGAAGCCCCUUCUACACCUGAGGCUCCUUCACCCGUAGAGUUUAUCUCCCUUCCUCCAGCCUCUGUGGAGCCUGCAGCCCCACCUCCACCGGUGGAACCAAUAACUACACCUCCACCUGACCUUCUUGUCUCAGCCCCCCCUCCACCUCCGCCUCCUCAGGACGCCCCAUCCACACCUCCAUCAGCGGAAGCGUCUCCUAUGGUAGAGUUUCAAACUCUUCCUCUCACCUCCCUGGAUACUGCAGCCCCAACAGUAACUCCACCUGUACCUGACCCUGUUGUCUCAACUCCAUCUACACCUUCUCCACAAGUAGAAGCGCCCGUGGCACCUGAAUCUCCUCCUCUUCCUCCUCCACCUGCCGUAGUGGAGUCAGUAGUCCUACCUCCUGUUGAAUCCUUCAUCCCACCACCAGAAGCCCCAUCUACACCAUCAGUAGCUGAACCUGUUUUCCUACCUCCACCUGUGGAGGCACCAGCAGCUGUUGCUCCAACUGAACCUCUCGCUUCUUCUCUGCCUUCUGAACUUGUGGCACCUCCGCCUGCAACUGAACCUCCUGCUGUCGCUCUCUCCGUAGAACCUCUUGAACCUGUUGUCCUGUCAACACCACCAGUGGAAACCCUCCAACCUCCACCCGUUGUUGAAUCUACACCAGCUGAACCAAUAACCCCACCCUGUCCAGUCGAUUCAGCUCCAGUGGAAGUUUUACCUCCGCCAAUGGAGACGUCUCUUGUUGAGCUUGUAGCUCCACCUGCUGCAGUUGAGGAAGUGCCUCCAGUGGUUGCUUCACUUCCUCCAUGUGAGCUGGUUCCACCUCCACCACCUCCAUCAGAGCCUGUAUCAGCACCCGCUCCUGCCCCAGAGCUCACUAUUGAAGAGCCGCCUCCACCCUGUCACUGUGUGGAGCUGGCUAUCGUGCCCACAAACGCACCUGUAAGCGAACCUCUCGUCGAGCCUCUGGCACCACCCCCACCUCCACCUGAUCCAGCACCACCUGCUGAGGAGCCCACCAUCACCCUGUCUCUGCCCGAAGCCAUUGAAGAAGAAGUACCUGCUGUGGCGUCAGUGCCACCACCUGCAGCAGCUCCGCCCGUUUCUCCCAAAGUGUUGGAGGAAAAGUUGAGGGUGAAGAUCAAAGACGAGAUGCAGAAGAGUCUGGAGGAGGAGAUCAGCCAGAGGAGGAUGGAGCUGCAGCAACAUCUGGAGCAGUUGAGGACUCAGGCUCAGGCAGAGGCUGCAGCAGCAGCUCAGGCUCAGGUGGAGCUGCAGGUGAAGAUGACACUGGAGGCGGAGAAGGCUGCGUACACGGAGAACCUGACGGAGGCUAUCGCGAAGGAGCGGCUGAAGACAGACGACCAGAGGCUCAUGGUGCAGCUUUAUUGGAUGGAGGUGAAGGCUCAUCAACUCGAGGAGAAGGAGAGAGAAUUACUGAAACGAGACACUCUCUACAAAGAACACAUUGCAAAACUUGAAUCAAAGUGCACUGAGUUUUACAAAGUGACUGCUGAGAGCUUCCAGAAGGGCAAAGAGGAGACGCACAACCGCUUUGCACGUGUCAAUAUCCAGCCCGUCUGUGGUGACUUGCAGAGUCAGAUUUUGAAAUGCUACAAGGAGAACACAGGGAAGACUCUGUCCUGUUCGAGUAUCGCCUCGGCCUACAUGCAGUGUGUGGACAACGCCAAGAAGAAUAAACUGAGCACUGGAGGUUAAUCUGGACAAUUUGACGACAUCUGACAGCUGGAGAAGUUGAUGGACAUAAUUCAGCAAGUCACAGGAAACACAGGAGAAUCAGCUCCAGUCUUUACAAGCAGAAGAUGAAGAAGAAGAAGAAGAAGUGCCAUUCAGGCCAGUCAGGCUGGUAGUCUGGUCUGUGUCUGCAGCCUCUUGGGUUCUUGGGAUCAUCUUUAAACCACUCGUGCCACAACAGUAACAGAGGGAUCAUUUUGAAGUGCUUGUCUUUGUCUAUGAGGCGAAACGCAACAAAGGAACCGAAGAUUUCAGUUUGUCAUUUAUACCGCAGUGUGAAUUCGAGUGAGGUACUUGUAUGAGAUAUAUAUAGUGAAUGAAUCAUCAUGUAUGUGUGCCUUUGAGUCGUGAGAGCUAAUUAUCAGAUUGACGAUGCAUGUGAGUGUGAAGAAACGGAGACUUUCACUUGUUUAAGGUUGUUUGUACUGUACAUUAAUUAUUGCAGGGGUUAUUUCUGGUGCAUGCAAAGAAUUUAAUCACUCACAACAAACUUUGUUGUUGAUCGACAUUCAGGGUUCAUAAUUAAAGGUGGAACUUUA